UUUGUGCGGCAGCGUUGGUGGUGCGUGCUACAUUUCCUCCCUUCUCUUUCUUUCUCCUUCUUCUCUUCCCUUCUCUCCUGCGAUUUGGUGGUGUAUUUCGGUGGUGCGAUAUGGGUUCGAUUUGGUAGCGCGAUUUGUUGGUGGCGAUUGGGGUGCGAGUUGGGUGCAAUUUUUCUGGCGAUUUGGUGGCUACUUGGUGCAUAUUGGUGGUGGUGAUUUUCUAGCGAUUUGGUGGCUACUUGGUGCAUAUUGGUGGUUCGGUGCUGAUGGCUGUGGCUGGGUAUUUGCAGUGAAAAGGUGCGGCUGUGUUUUGGGUGGAGGUGGUGGCGAUGUGGGCUGAUUAGGUGGUGUUUGUUGUUGGGGGGUGACGUGGUGUUGGUGAAUUGGAUCGGGAAGGUGGCGCGGGUGGUGGUGGUUGAAUUUGGAGUUUGAGUUUGUAGUUUGAGAAGGUUGUUGGCUGAUACAUUUGAAAGAAAGAGAAAGAAAGAGAGGAAUAGGGGGAAAGAGGAGAGAGAAGGAAAUAAAAAUAUGUUGUUAAUCAUAUUAGCCAAUAAAUGACACAUAUAAGCCAAUAAAAAUAAUAUAUAAGCCAAUUGAUGUUUGAUAUCAGUCAACAUUAGUGACGUAUCAAACAUUAAUAAACGUAUCAGCCAACAAAAGAAAACUAUGAGCUAACAAAAGAUACAUAUCAGCCAACAAAAGGAAUAUAUCAGCCAACAAAAGGAAUAUAUCAGCCAACAAAAUGUACAAAUAAGCCAACAGAGGAUGCAUAUCAGCCAACAAAGGAUGCAUAUCAGCCAAUAGAGGAUACAUAUCAGCCAACAAAAGGAUGAAAUCAGCAAACAAAAGCAAUAUGUAAGUCAACAAAAUAAACAUAUCAGCCAACAAUUAAAAUAUACAUAUCAAUCAACAAAAUAAAUAUAUUAGCCAACUAAAGAAACACUACGCACAACCAUUACAAAACCGAUGGAGUUAAACAGAGUACGUUUUCCAGAGUUCCCCCAAUAGGCCACUGGUUCCACUCCCCAGUCCCUAAUAUUCAAAUCCGACAAAUCAAUUCAAAAGGGCUUUAAAUGGCACUCCACACAAAACUUGCAACGGUCGUCUACCUUUUCUAACAUCUAAUACCCUAAUACACUCAGAAAUCUUCUCCCAAUCAUUCAAAUAAGCUUCUAGAUGGUUCUACAAAUGGCGAAAUCUCUCUAUGAGGCUCAAAACGCCAUAGACUUUACUGAUUUAGAGGAUUCCGAUUACAAUGAAUUUGGUUCAGAUGAUUCUGAAGAAGACCCAUCUUAUAUUGAUGAUCUUGACAAGUUUCAAUCCAAUUUAUCAAUCAAUUCAAAAUCAAUUUCAAGUGACAGAGAUUAUGCAGAAACACAAUUAGAUGAUGAGGAGGUCUCAGAUACGAAAGAAUUAAGUGCACCAAAGCUUGGAAUUAAAGAUAUGAAGGAUCUUGACGAAAUUCAGAGAGUUAUAGACAGUGGGUUGGUAGAGAAAUUGAAGGUUGAGCAAUGUAAGGUGUAUUUGAGGAAACACGGGUUGAGAUUGACUGGGAAGAAAGAUACCCUUGUCCAAAGAAUUAAGGAGCACUCAGAGAUUAUGAAUGGGGGAGGAGAAAAGAAGUUUCCACCAUCAAGCUUUGUGUUAAACUGCAAGGGUGAUGCCUGUAUGGGGGACAUUGUGAUGUUUGAACAAACUGUUUAUGAAGGGUACAGUAUCGUCUCUAGGAGUGCUACUGGUCCUCCAUGCGGUAAAAGAAUAGUUGCUGGUCGCAUAGUGAAAGAAAGUUAUGGUGCUGCCAAGCAGCAGCAUACAUUUACGGUUGAGGUUCUCUGGAGCAAAGGCCACAAACCACUACCUCCACUUCAUCCCCUCUUAAUUAAGGGCAGAAACCUCUACAGAUUGAACACAUUGAGGCAGAGAUGGGAAGAUGAAUCAGAAAGACAGCAAAUUUUGAGCGAAAAGCAUUGUAGGGGCUCCCUCGCCCGAUCAAAUAGAGAAGCCCGAAUUCAGGAAAAGGUAUCAAAGAAGAUGCUCAAAGGAGCCAGGAUUUGUCCAAAAGAAAGACAACAUUUACGUCAAGAGAAGAACCAUAGGCUUGCAACAGGUCAAAUCUCCAACUAUGAUUCAAAAAAUGUAGGAAGCAAGGCUCAGAAGCAACAUACAGUGGCAAAGAAGAUUCAGCAGCAGCAGCAGACUAACAAAGAUGAGAAUCUUAAGGUUCCUGUAGAAUAUAAAGAGAAUUCAUAUGUAGGAUUACCUAUAUCACAGCCAUCCCGACAGAUUAAGCCAAAUAUACCAGCUUCUGAUACAUAUGUAAAGCCAACUUCGAGACUGUGCUUGGGAUACAUCGAUCUAAAUUCUUCUCUGUCUCACAUUGCCCCUGCAAAAUUUCAGCAAAUACUACAUCCACAACACCUGCAUCAUUCUGUUCAGACUGUUUUAAAACCUCAGCCAUUACAGCAGAAAACAUCAAGCACAUCAACCUGUCAUUUCUAUCAGAAGCUGAGCUCUUGCUUCAUUGACAAUGGUAACUUCAUAACUUCUGCCUCCUCAUUAUUGCACCCACAGAAUCAGUUACUUGUUUCAAAUAGAACAUCAUUGCACAGUUCAUACGGUAGAAAUCAUCAAAAGGAACCACAGCAGCUGUGUCGACACUAUCCUCGAGGCAAGUGUUACUACGGGACUCGCUGCAAGUUUUUGCAUGUAUCCAAUAGGAACUAUGAUAAAUUUUAGUUGACACCGAAAUUCUGUGUGAAUUACAUUUUGAUGGAAACUGUGCCCCUUCCUUUUGUUAUCUCAAUUUAUAAAAUUUUCAAAGAAGAGAGUUAUUGUGUAUAGCAAGACCAAACUUUUCUUGAAGUUUUGAACCAUGACUAUCUUCAGCUUGAGAAUUAUACUUUCUUUUGGGCAUGACAUUACUGUUUUAUAAUGAC